AUGGCAAUGACAAGUUCAACACAACAAUCCAUUCCUGGUACACUGUCGAAGACAUGUCCGACUUAUGUGCAUCUCAUCGUUCAGCUUGAGGACCACUGGGCUGCCGUUCAAAUAAGUUUGUGUCCUUUUGUUAUUCAGGAUAUUUCAGGACAAACAUUUUAUCGAUGCCACUACCGCUAUACCUUGUGCUGUUCUUCCAUAGAUGAAGAAGAUGGAUCACUACACAGCUUUGUUGAGAAAACAGUGCAAACCAUCUAUGAUGUAUACUACCAACCUUUAUGGUGGAACUUUUCAGAUCAGCAGAGCUGGACUAAAGAAACACAAAGACCAGGCAACCAUGACGCCAACUUUAGUUGUGCUAAAGUAACAGAACUACAGCUCCUCAAUUACAUCAAUUCGGCAACCAAGGCUAUUAAUGAUAAUAUAGUCUCCAUUCACAUAUCAGCAACAGAAAUUACCGCGACGCCUGCUCCGAAGCGACCUCGGGAGCACUACAUCGAUGACAGCAUCACAGAAGAGAAUGUCUAUAAGAGAGGAAAGCAUCGAAGACGCGGCACUACACGCAGUUCUGGCCAAGAAAUCGCCGAUGUUGAAAGCAGCAACGAUGUGCGGGUUUGUGGUAGAGGUUCAGUUGCUUCAGAGGAGAUGCUCUGUCAAAAAAUAUCAAAAAAUAUCGUGAAAAAGAUUCGUCAUGGCCUGAAGAGCCAGAAGGGGGAUCGUGGAGUGAACACGCGAUUCAUCGAAGAUUUUAGUAUCGAGCAGUAUAAAGAUCCUUUUGAGUAUUUUGAAAGUCAAUUGUGGCUACAAUCCUCCAAGUUCAUUGACACGGCGAACAAGACUGCAUGGAAAUACAGAUUUCUGGCAUGUUGCAUUCAUUUGUGUCGGGCGGGACAGGUAGUCUCUAGUGAACGAAAAGUGCCAUUUGUUGGUACAAAUCUUUUGACGGUUCAUAGAUGGAGGUGUGCAGCUAAUAUAAUAAACAUGAUUGUCAAUGGACUCACAGAAGCUUGGGGCGAGAAGGCUGAUUUAGUUUACGAAGCUCUCGCUGAGAAGAAUUGUAUUCUUACUGAAUGCUCAAAAUUGUCUGAAAGAAAGCGACACGAGGUUGUUGGCAUCGUCGUGAAAAUUCUCAGUCAAGAGGAGGUUCCGGCGACCGAUUUUCAGUGUCCCCGAUUUCAUCCUGCAUUCUGCAUCAGUACUGUGCUCAAUAAAGAUUAUGUAGAGGUAUGCCACGCUCUUGAUCUUGGAUACUAUGCUCGACGAGGUCUCCUAAUCACGAAGGAGAACCUUUUCCGCCUUCCAUGGGAGCCUAUGAACCAGAUCGCAAUUACAAGUACCAUUCCAGACUCUAUCUUGCAAGAAAUACGGCCGAAUAACUCUGACCGAUCGGAUGCAGAUUCCCAACAAGCCAUAUCGACACAUGAUCCCAUCAAUAUUCGUUCCACCAGUCAUUCGCCAUUGCUUUCCGUUUGCACACAUGAAGAUGCUGGUCAACAAGAGUAUUCUUCAAGAUACCCUAAUUUUCCCCAUGAGCAGCAAAUAGUUCCCCACGAAGGGAGUUUGAUCCUCGCCCGCAAUGAGUUACAUCCAGCUCCCCAGCUAUCGCCAGGAGGUCGAGGGCAAGUUCAAUCUAUACUUCCAGAAUCAUCGGAAGCUGAGCAACUGAACCCCUACAACACCAUGAUAUCACAAGACUCCGCAUUUGACGAUCAGCCAGCCAUCCAACAAAAUCAUCCAAAAGAAUCCGAACAAUUAAAAAACGGGAUAGUAAAUAGUGCUUUAGAUGGAUGUCAAAGAGAGUUUAGCAUACCCUUGCUAUCAACUGAACAACAAGCAUCACAACUUAGUGCAGAGCCAGGUACGAAGCUAUUAUGUUUCAAGGAAACCCAAUCUGAUAUUUGA